CAUUUGUAUGCGUUGUCUUACCGAAUUUAUAUCUUAAUUGAAAUUGGCAGAAUAUUAAUUUAAAAUGUCUAAAUUUGUGAAAUGCCCGUUCGAUCCAACUCAUGUAAUGUUGGCAAAUCGACUGCCCAUACAUUUAAUAAAAUGCACGCGAAACAAUACACAAGUGGAAAUGCUUAGAUGCGUAUUCAACACAACGCAUUUAAUAAAAGCUCAAGAAUUUCAGUCGCAUCUGCUAAGUUGCGAAAGCAGGCCGGACUUUGAUAGAUUUGUAAUAGCAGACGCUUUGCCUGCAGAGCUUAGUGCAGCGGAUCAAAUUGAUAUCAUCCAAUGUAAAGAGGAUUGGGACGCAGAGCCAGUAGUCGAGUCAUAUAAGCCUGAAAGUCAUAUUACCAACAAAUUGAUCAUGCGCAGAUUAACAGGAGGCUCAGCCUCCGUUCGCCGUGAAUUUCGUGAAUCCGAACGCAAGCGUUUUCAAAACAUAACUGAAGUAAACCAAGAUGAGUCGAUGUAAAAACGCUCUUCAUAUAUAGCACUUAUAAAAUAUAGAUUGCUUGAGAAUAUUAAGUUGUAAUUUAC